AUGGGUGAGGAAGAGGUGGAGGUGGCUGCUGGUGCUUUUGAUUCUGGUGCCAACCCCAUUCAUGUUCUUGUUGUUGAUGACUCCUUUGUUGACAGGAAAAUCGUUGAGAAGCUACUAAAAAAAAUCUCCUUUAAAGUUACCAGUGUGGAUAGUGGAAAGAAGGCAAUGGAGGUUCUUGGAUUUAGUGAAGAAAAAGUGGAUAAAACUUGUAUUAACGACCAAAAGAUUGACUUAAUCCUUACUGACUAUUGUAUGCCCGAGAUGAACGGUUAUGAUCUUCUUAUGGCCGUGAAGGAGCACAACAAUAUGAAAUCCAUUCCUGUUGUGAUAAUGUCAUCUGAGUACAAUCCGCAACGAAUCAGCAGGUGUCUUGCAGAUGGCGCUGAAGAUUUUCUGUCAAAACCUCUUCAACCAGAAGGCUUGCAGAAGUUGAAAAGUUAUGUUAGGGCAAUACCACCUGGGCCCAAAACAGCUGCAAAAAGAAAAGUUAUACCUGACUUCAUACCGGAAAGUAAUAAAGUGGAAAGACGGCCUUUCCACUCUGGAGUUGCUGUUGCUUAA